GCAGUAGCGACGGCAGCACCGGCAGUGCUUCGGUCGGUUCGGCUUCUUCUCGACGCACGCGCGCAUGCUCUUCUCGUACUCGACCGGUGCGCAGUAUAGACGUAGUAGUAAGUAUUAUAAUAACACGACAUCAUAAUAGAGUAGUCGUCGGCACUCAUUCAUUGUUUCUGCUCGUGCGCCGCCACUGAAGUACUAACAAUAAUAAUAAUUGCCACAUAACUACCUCCGCGGAUAAAAUAAAAAAAAUACGCCGAAAACUUCUCGCUUUUAACAAUCAUUUGAAAUAUUUUAAACGUACUGCGGACGCACAAAUAAUCGGAUUCACUUUCACUGUGUCGUUUCAAGUCAGACCCGGUGUCGUUUCUAAUGCCUGCGGUCUGUUUGCUGUGCUGGUCACCGUACGAUCGCCACCGAAGGACCAAUCGCGCGCAGAUUAACACUACUGCGUCUACGACGGCGAUCUACGACUGAUGGCGACAAGUGGCGGUUAGCUGAAAUCGAAGCAGCGGCUCAAAGGACGAUGCCUAUAACUACUAAGAGUACAUCAGGAUCCAAAGAAAAUUAAUCAACACGAACUUAAUGAUGGCUGCUUUUAAUGGAACCGAAGAAAAGACAGAAGAAGCGAAUCAAGAAACUAAUGCCAAUUUACCAGCAGUGGUUAUCAGUGAUGAUGAUAAUGGAGAUAUACAAUGUGGCAUUGGACUAUGUAAACCAAAAUGGAUGCAGAUAUUUGCAUCAAAGCAAGCAUUUUUAGCUAUGUUUUGUAUAGGAUGGGUACUUCAAGGUAUGUUUUAUACAUACUUUGUAAGUGUAAUCACCACCCUGGAAAAACUAUUUCAGUUACAAAGCAAGACAACUGGUAUAGUAAUGAGUGCUACAGAGAUCGGACAAAUUGGAUCAUCAUUAUUGUUGACUUAUUAUGGUGGUCAAGGACAUAGGCCUCGUUGGAUAGCUUGCGGUAUGGUAUUGUUUGCUGUUGCAGCGUUUUCAUGUUCGAUACCUCAUUUUUUAUUCGGACAUCAUCAAUUGGUAACAAAGUAUGAUGGACCAGUUGAUGGUAACUUUACUGCUAUCUUACCUAAUGUAUGUGUUAAGCCUGAAAAAGGAUUUGGUGUUUCUGAUCAACGAGAAGUUUGUCAUAAGUCGGUUCUAAGUCAACAAGAAACCCAAUCAAAAAAUACACAAAUUGUAUUAACUAUAUUUUUUGUCAGUCUUCUGGUCGUAGGAAUGGGACAGACUGCGGUUUACACUUUAGGAAUACCAUUCAUAGAUGACAAUGUAGCUAGUCGUGAAUCACCACUUUAUUUUUCUAUAACUAUAGGUGUUCGUAUACUAGGACCAUCAUUUGGAUUUUUGUUGGGAGCUCUAUGCACUAGUUUAUACGCUGACUUAUCGAUGGAGCCAGAUAUUUUACCGACUGAUCCUCGGUGGGUUGGAGCGUGGUGGUUAGGUUUAGUCGGUAUAUCAGUGUCAUUACUUUUGGCUUCUUUACCCAUGUUCGCGUUUCCAAAACGAUUACCAUCAGCUGUUAAUGAAGUUGCGGUAAUUGCUAUAAAAAAACCAGCAAAUGGCGAAGUUUGCACUAACAAUGGUCAAGCAGUUCCAAAAGCUCCAAGACUAAAAGAUUUCCCAAAUGCUAUUAAAAGACUUCUAAAAAAUGAUAUACUUAUGUACAGAACUGCUAGCAGUGUUCUUCAUUUAUUACCUAUAGCUGGUAUUUACACAUUUUUACCAAAAUAUUUUGAAUCGCAAUUCCGAUUUCCUGCUCAUACAGCCAACAUGGUUACUGGAAUUUACGGAAUAAUGGUAAUGGGUAUUGGAAUCAUUAUAUCUGGAGUAUUUAUAUUGAAGAAAAAUCCUAAUGCGAGAGCGGUGGCUGCUUGGAUUGCGUUUACAGCUGUAGCUUAUGCUAUUGGUAUGGGAAUAUUGAUGUUGUUUGGAUGUCCGAUGAAUAAUUUUUCAGGAUUGUACUACAAUGAGCAGAACGUCGCCAAAUUUGAAUCUCAUUGUACAAAUCAAUGCAUGUGUGAUCAAGAGAAAUUUAGCCCAAUAUGCGGUGACGAUGGUCGAACAUAUUUUUCACCGUGUCAUGCUGGAUGCCAAAACCUGACCAGUAUCAACAAGAACUCUCAUAAAUUUGUAGAUUGUCUCUGUAUGGAAGGUAAUGCGAACGAAGCUGUACCAGGUCUUUGUGAUAAUGGGUGUGACGACACAGGUUUCUGGUACGUUGCAUUGUUUUCAAUGUUUGUCUUUAUCCAUUCUACAUCAGAAGUGGGUAGUAUGUUACUCAUACUUCGAUGUGUGCAUCCUCAAGAUAAAGCGAUGGCGUUGGGUCUCAUACAAUUUGCAAUCGGUCUUUUCGGAAAUGUGCCUUGUCCUAUUAUAUACGGUGCAGUGGUUGAUUCUGCGUGUAUGGUAUGGGAAAUGACAUGCGGUAAACCUGGAGCAUGUACACUCUACAAUUCGGACUUAUUCCGAAUCUUUUAUCACGGUAUAACUGGAGUACUAAUGCUGUGUGCCUUUUUUGUGGAUGUUAUCGUUUGGUACAAAGCUGGUAGUAUUAAUUUUGACGAUGAACAUCACUUGCCAGUAAAUGAAGAAGAAUUAAGCCAGCUAACUCCUAUAACUGAUAAAACUGAAACAGCAGUUUGACAAAAGUUUUAACAAAAGCAGCCUACCAGUUAUCAUGUUCCUUAUUCAUAACGUGAGAUAGAUCUGUUUAAGUGUUAUCACAUGAAGUCAUGAAGUCGUCAGUCAUUUACAAAUGAGUUUAAAAUUUUCAAAAAAAAAUUUUAUUUUUAUAGUUUAUUUUAUUAUGUGACACAAAUUUAUUAGCAAAUAAAUUGUUAUUAGCCAUUUUAAAAUUAGACCAAUAUUUUUUACUAUUAUAAAAUCACGUAAAUUACUUUUUUUAAUAUAAUAUGAAAACAUUACAUCACAGUAAAAACAAAAUUUAAAUAUUUUUCUAUUGUUAAUAUUUUUAUUUUUAUAAAUAUUUAAAAAAAUAUUAUUUUUUUUAUAAAUUAAUUUUUUGAGUGAACUAAUUUUUUAUUGAGAAUAUAUAUAUAUAUAUAUAUAUAUUGUUUUUUAUGUUAAUGAAUAUCAUUAAAAUGAAAUAGACAAUUUGGAUUAUAUAUUUUUAAGUAUAUUAAUCAAAGUCUACAUCAUUUUUUAUUGUUAUUGUUGUUAUUGACACUAAAUAUUAUAACAGCAACUUAACUAGUCGCAUUUAUUUUGAUUUCUAAGAUAAAACAAAUGCUGUUGUAAUCUUUUUUUGUGUGUUCAUUAAAUCAUCUUUGUAUUAUAUGAAUAAAAAAUGUAAAACUUCUAUUUGAAAGACUGUACGCAAAAAUUUUGGUAAUACGUUAUUACUUAUUAGUUUUGAUAUUUUCAAACUUUUAAAAUAAUUAUCAUUCGACAAAUUUUUUUUAAUUUACAAACUUUCACAUCACAUAAAAUAAGUUACCUGCUGUAUGAUAUGCAUAAAUACGAAUAUAUGAUAUGUAUGUAGAUCUAAUUUAGUUUUAAUUAUAAUAGGAACAAUUAUUAGAUUAUUGUAUAUUUAUAUUAGUGAAUUAAUUGAUUACGUUUUUGUUCGACUAAAAAUACGAGAAAAUUAUCUUUAGUUAAUUAAUUAUUUGUUUUAAAUGAAUUGUAUGAGUGUGCUAUGUUGUUUUCAUAUUUGUUUAUUUACGUUUAAUAUAGUGUUAAAUAUUUA